AUGAAUUUGAAAUUGUUUAUCACUUUAUUUUUUGUUAGCGCCGCUAUGGGUGCCGCUACCCCCUCGGACAAAUUAGCCGCCCCCAAAUUGCACCGCCGCGAUUGUUUGCAGGAUUGCCUAGCCAUGUUCGCCGACCGCUAUUAUGCUGCAGGAUUGUCCGAAUACUGCCGCCGCUUCUGCGCAGCGAAGGGGCUUUAA